CGAUUGAAACAUGACACGUUGCACAUUGUUUGUUUCGAUACGUCUAUAGGGCUAUAGGUCUAAUUGACAUUUAUAAUUAGACUUUGUACCUUAACGAUAGGACUUAGUUUAUACAUGUAUCAGCAAUAUUAACAGCACUAGAUCUAGCCGGAGCCAGUAGUUAUCGGCGUUGAUCUCCGAAUUAGCUUAAUGAUAAAGAACUGGAGUUUAUCUUUAAGGAAAGGAUGAAGACAUGGCACAAGAAGAAAAAAAUAGAGACCUCGACCUUCCGGUAGAAAAGUUAGAUAGGGCCAGGGAGGAUUGUGAGGGUAAGGAGGAUUCAUCUGAUGAGAGCUAUUAUGAAUCAGUUCCUGAGAUUGCUGAAGGAGAGGACAUUGGAUUACCGAUCUAUGAUUGCCCACCUUCCCAAGACACAAACCAUAUGUUUCAGUGGCAUUAUCCACGAGAGUUCAUACCAGAUGGUUGUGUUGAUUAUGAUGAUCAUAACGCCGGGAGCGGAAAGUGGAUGUUGUUCUACCCAGUGUCGGAGAUUGAUGAAAAAUGGGAAAUGGCAAAUGAUUUGUUUGAUACCGGUGAGCUGAGGGGUGUGAGGGGAAUGAAAGUCUCAACAGCUAAGGUCAAUCCAAGAAGUUCUGAUAAUACCAAGGCAGUGCUUAUCAUGUAUUGUGGACCGUGGACUGAUGAACUGCUCAUGAGAAAAAUUGGGAGAAAUCUGGCUCUAAAAACAAAAUAUGAGAGUAAGACUGGGUGUAUGUUGUACAAAACAGACGACCAAACCAGAGGGGGGACAAGGGCAACAGGUCAAGCUGUAAACCAUGUUUACCAAAUGCAGUUGCCGAGGCCUAUCGAAGGAACUGCUAGCUCAGCAAUGCCGGAACUUCUUCCGUCCAAAGACUCAAGUGACUUUUGGCAGUGGCACUUUCCCGCGUGUUCACCGUCUGGUUGCGCUGAAGAAUAUGACUACUCAAAGAGUGGGCGAUGGAUGAUGUUCUAUUCAUUGGCAGAGAUCGAUGAGAAAUGGCAGAUGAUGAAAGGCUUGUUUGAUUCCAAUGAACUGGAUGGAGUUCGAGGAUUAAAAGUCUCUACAGCCUCCUCCCUGCCGGUUAGCCGAAGGGGAAACAGGUCUUCAGUUAUUAUGGUAUACUGUGGGCCAUGGGAUGACGAGGAUCUUGUGUUGAGAGUAGGGGCGAAUCUAGUUCAGAAGACCUCGUAUACAAACGAAUCUGGCACUCUUCGCUACAAGACAGAUAUAGUUGGAAAUGGAAUGACAAGUUCGGGACAGUUUAUUCCUAGAUACAAACAGGUGUUACCGGUUUCCAGGCCAAGUAUGGGGGCCAACUACAGCCAAUCAGGCGUAGCAGAACUUCCACCAUCUAAAGACAUGAGAAGCUAUUGGCAGUGGCAUCCGAAAUCCCAAGAUGGCAGGUUUACAAACUAUGACUCAUCAUUGAGGGGGAAAUGGAUGCUGUUUUAUCCUCCGUCAGAUAUCGAUGGCAUGUGGCAGCUGAUGAAGGAUCUGUUCGACGCUGGGGAACUGCAAGGAGUCAGUGAUGCAAUGGUCUCUACAGCAAAGAGCAUUGCUGGACAUCCUGACAAAAACAGCGGAGUGAUCAUGGUGUAUUGUGGACCAUGCGAUGACGCAGAGCUCAUGUUGAAAAUCGGGGAAAACAUUGCGUUGAAAACAAAAUAUAAAGACAAAUCUGGUAUCAUGCGUUACAGGGUAGAUGCUCCCAGAGAAGGGAGAAGAGCAACAGGUAAGAGUAGCUCAAGCUACUUGGUACAAGUACCAAAGCCUCAGGCAAUGUUGGCAAGCGCCUGGGACACAGCAGAAUGCCCGCCUUCCAGAGACACGGCAGAAAGAUCGCCUUCCAGAGAUACAUCAGAAUGCACGCCUUCAAGAGAAAAUAGCAAGUUUUGGCAGUGGCAUCGUAAACCACUCGAUGGAAUUGAAUAUGACCCCUCAACGAGCGGGAAGUGGAUGCUCUUGUAUCCAGCGUCAGAAAUUGAUGAUCGGUGGCAUCUGGUGAAGAGUCUGUUCGACGCUGGUGAACUGCACGGAGUUCGAGAAUUACAGGUGUAUACAGCAAAGGACAAUGCUGGACAUCAUGACAGCGGAGUCAUCAACGUCUACUGUGGACCGUACGACGACGAAGAGCUCAUGAUGAGAAUAGGAAAGAAUCUUGCGAAGAAGAUGCAGUAUAAAAACAGAAAUGAUUUCAUGUUGUACAAGACAGAGGGACAACAGGGUAGAGCGAUGGGCCAGGGACGGAACCAUCUUUACGAAAUAAGUUUGCCAUGGAGGUACUAAUAACAUGAAAUACAUUUGAAAAUAGUUCAAAUGCCGAUCAAAACUCCGUUCAAACCCUCAAAGUGUUAAAGUAUUGAAGGAAAGUGGUGGUGGUGUUUCAUUUUUUACUCUUUGAUCAUUGCCUCUUAAGUAUAUGAAUGUUUAUUAGAGUUGUCCUUUAAGGCCAUUUACAAAAAUAUAUAUGUUUAGCGUCCCGCCCGCUUCCUUUUUGGGGCCCGCCUCCCUUUUGUUUUCUUU